AUGUGGCACGAUCAACGCUGCAGAGAACACUUCCGAAAGUUUCCUGAGGAUCCUUUACGCAUUUCUUUUAAUGGUCCUCCUCCUGAGAUCACCAUCCCCGUUUCUGAGGAUUAUCCGUGGCACACGCAGAUCCAGCGCGAUCCAUUCCAUUACAACACUGUUCCAACCUCAAUUGAUCCGCGACUGAUAAUUGAUCUGCGAUUCUUUGGAUAUGUCAUGCCUGUCUAUGAUAAUUAUGUCGAGUUCUCACCUGAGAUCACUGACCUUUUCGGCAUGCCUCAACCAAUAAUACACUACCGUAUCGGGGAUGAAGAUGCUCAACGCGUACAAGCCAUGAUGCAAGACAUGAUAAACAUUGCCGCUGAGCUUGGAGAUUUUAUCCCUGGUGGCAAGCCCAAAUUUCUUGCUCCAGGCGCAGCAACGCAUAUUUGUGGGACCACCCGGGCAGGAAAGGAAGAUGAUGGACACUCGGUGGUGGAUAAAGACUCUAAGGUUUGGCGGCUGGAAAACUUGUUCAUUGGAGGUUGCGGUGUGAUUCCGACGCAAAAUGCGUGUAAUCCAACACUGACCGCGGCUGUUUUGCCAUUGAGUGCCCUCGUGGGGCUUAUCCAUGACAAGACCAUGAAGUCACCCAGCAUUGCUUAUGAUAACGGCGAAGCCACCACACUCAUGAGCACUGAUGCAGAUAGUCUUGAUGGGAUCGCUGAAAUGGUCCACGAAACGUGGGCCCAAGUCAUUGAAGUGCUAAUUGGUAUUGGACUUCUAGCUAGUGAAGUUGGUUGGAUUUGGCCUCUUCCUCUCUUUUUGAUCUAUUUAUGUUCGUACAUGAGUCGUUUUGUUGCAAAGCAUUUACAGCCUCGCCAAAAGGCUUGGAGCAACGCAACGCAAAGCCGCAUAGCCGCUACCACCUCUGUGCUAAGCGCAAUGAAAGAUGUCAAAAUGCUUGGACUUCAACACAAAUUGACCCAUCGCAUUCAACAGCUUCGGGAAGGGGAGCUCUGGGCAGCGUCGAAACUCAGGUGGAUAAUGGUAUAUUAUAACGCCUCAGCCAACGCCCUCGGUAUAUUCUCUCCAGCUAUCACGCUGGUUAUAUUUGCGCUGAUAUCAGUUGCUCGUGGCGGCAAUCUGGAUACAGAAACUGCCUUCACUACCAUGGCCAUCUUAAGCAUGGUUACACAUCCUGCAAAUAUGAUCAUGACUAUUAUGCCACGCGCUGUGGCAGCAUUCUCUGGAUUUGAACGAAUCCAAGCAUUUUUGCUCCGGCAAUCUUUAAAGGCUCAUCGUGGAACAUUGCCGAAAGGUACUAUGAGCAGGUUGCCUUGGGACCCGGCAUCUGGCAAUUUUAGCACUGCUAUUCAAAUCCGGCAACUGAAGAUUGGCCAUAAAAAGCUUGUCUUGGAGCAUGUCGACAUUAAAGUAGCCGCUGGAUCACUUACUGUAAUAUCUGGUCCUACUGGUAGCGGCAAAUCCACUUUGUUGCGCGCUAUACUUGGGGAAGUAAUUCCAGUCCAAGGGUCAAUUAGCCUGUCAACACGUCAGACAGCCUAUUGUGCCCAGAAAACGUGGCUACCUAAUGGUACUAUCAAAGAGAUUAUUUACGGUGCUUCUGACCUUUACAGUGCUCGUGACAAAGAUAAUGAAAGAUGGUACAAUGAGGUAACAAGACUGUGUUGCCUUACUCAUGACCUGAAUUCCCUUCCUCAUGGAGAUCGGACGCGAAUUGGCAGUGGGGGGCUCAAUUUGUCUGGAGGACAAAGGCAGCGGGUAGCACUCGCGCGUGCUUUGUUUGCAAGGCGUGAUAUACUUCUGCUGGACGACACCUUCAGUGGACUGGAUGGCGAAACGGAGCAAGCCAUCUUUGAUAAUCUAUUCGGGAUCACAGGCAUAAUCCGACGGUUGAGGACCACUGUAGUCCUGGUCUCUAAUUCGUCUCAGUAUUUCCAAGCUGCGGAUCAUAUCGUGGUCCUUGGAGACCAUCGAAUCAUAGAUCAAGGGAAUUGGCAGAACAUCAAGAUCAAAGCUGCAUCCAUAGCAAAGUUCUCUUCCAGCCACCACACCAAAGUCAACAACGCCCUCCUCUCUGCAAAGCUUGAUGAACUCAGUGCACAAUUGCGAGCAAAAGACGAGACCGAAAUUGACCUAGCACGACAAACUGGAGAUCCCGCUCUAUAUGGUUAUUAUCUGAGUUUCAUUGAUUUUGAGAACAUUUUUUUCCUUAUCACCAGCACUGUAUUAUAUGCUUUCUUCAUCACUAUCCCGCAGUACUGGCUUCGGUUGUGGACAGAGUUGGGUGGCAGAAACACCGCUUUCUAUGUCAGUGGAUUUCUCAUUCUAUCAACCCUGUCGUGGAUCUCAACCAGCGCUCAGAUGUGGUCCAUUCUUAUCCGACUUGCUCCGCAGUCUGGAUCGCGGUUGCAUCAACGUCUAUUGCACAUCGUGAUGAGCGCGCCUCUGUCGUACUUUUCUAAAACUGAUAAUGGCUCAACCCUAAACCGUCAAGAUAUCCAGCUUAUUGAUAAGCAGUUGCCAUCAGCUCUUCAAACCGUUCUAACUCAAAUCUUCAAGCUCCUCAUGCAGGUCAUACUUCUUUGCAUGGCCGAAAAAUGGCUCACAAUGUCGUUACCGGCCUGUAUGCUCUUGGUUUAUGUCGUACAAAAGGUUUAUCUUCGGACAUCGAGACAACUCCGGUUUUUAGAGCUUGAGUCCCGCGCAGGGGUCUUCUUGAAUUUUUUGGAAUGCGCCGAGGGUCUCGAAACUAUACGGUCGUUUGGUUGGUCCAGGACUGCAAUACAGGACAACAUCCGAAGCGUGGAUAACUCUCAACGUCCAGAGUACCUCCUUCUGUGCCUCCAGAGGUGGCUCAACCUCGUCCUAGAUCUCUUGGGGGCGGCUGUUGCAACGAGUGUUGUUGCUAUAGCUGUAGCUUUCCGCGGGCAUGUCAGCGGUGGACAAGUCGGAAUCGCGCUCAACAUUAUGCUCGUAGCAAACACAACAUUACUAAAACUUGUAGAGAAUUGGACUACGCUAGAGACUUCUCUGGGUGCAAUUGCUCGAUUGAAAACGCUUGAAAAGUCGACCGCGGUUGAGGGUGGGAGGGGCUGGAACUCAAAAACCCCCGAAAAUUGGCCUUCCAGGGGACAUAUUGUGUUCAAAAAUAUCACCGCAUCUUACCAGUCGGGGGCGAUUGCCCUACGAAAUCUGAGCCUGAAUGUUACUGCGGGGCAGAAACUCGUCGUGUGCGGGCGCACAGGCAGCGGUAAAAGCACGUUACUCCUCUCGCUCCUACGGCUUCUGGAGCUACAAUUCGGCCAGAUCCAGCUCGAUGGUGUUGAUAUCAGGCAGGUGAGGCUAGAUAUCCUACGACGACGGUGCUUCAUUGCAGUGUCUCAAGACCCUUUGUUGUUGCCGAACGAGACCUUGCGCUUCAACUUAGGCCCGGAUGAGUCAAUAUCAGACGACACCCUCGUUGUUGCAUUGAACAAAGUGGGAUUGUGGUCCCAUUUCUUCGAAGGCCACACGUACUUUGGGGGAGAGCCAGCCACCGUCAUCAAUAUCCCAGGCUCUGGUGAACAUCCAAUCCUCGACCAGAAAGUCUCAAUAUUUCAGGAGCUCUCUGUAGGGCAGCGUCAACUGUUUGCGCUCUGUCGAGCACUUGUGAAAGCCAGCUCCUUACGACAUUCCGGAGUGAAGCCCGUGGUCGUCUUGGACGAAGUUACAUCCUCCCUAGACCCUGUCACGGAAUCCACCAUCCAUCGUAUCAUCGACGAAGAGUUCACCGAUAGAGGCCAUACUGUCAUCAUUGUUGCUCAUAGACUUGGUGUCUUGGAGGAGCACACGAAAAGUGGACGGGAUGCUCUGGCACUGAUGGCAGAUGGUCAAUUACGAGAAGUCAUCGAAAACUUAGGACCUGUGGUUUUCCAGCGUUUCAGGCAGCUGGAAUAG